AGGAGCAGAGACGGUCCCGGGUGGCGCAUGUUGAUCGGAUACACGGCCAUUCGAGGCGCAUUGUGAGCAUCUCGGCGCUUUUUGAAGGGUUUGGCAACCCGCAUCCGAAAAUAGUGUUGGCUGUUAGAAAGUAGGUCGAUAGGAACUGAAAGCGACGGUUGUUUCCGCGCUUUUGUCUGUCUUCUUUGUUGUUUAGUGAGGACUGUUGGCUUUUUUUCUCUCCCUCCUUUUUUCCUCCCCUAGCCCACCCUUGUGUGGAGGUUUUACGCACAGGUGGGAGAUACCCGCUCAGCAUAGGACAGCCCCCCUCUCUGCUCCUCAGCGGAUGAUAUGAGGAAGUGACAUUUUUCACUGCUGCGGUUCGGGACAGCUCGGCUCCUCUGCAAACAGGUGUUCCGCUCUCCGGGUCACUUUCACUGAGAGACGACGGGGAAGCGUCCCGGAUCCAGAACCGAUCCACUACCUGAACGCAGGACAGCGGGGACCUAGAGAACCCUGCUCAAGUCUUGCUCUUUAUUAGCUGAUUGAACGGGCUCAGGCGGAGAGAGGGGAGCGAUGGCAACGAAAAAGGCGUGCGUGGAUGCGCCCAAGAGGAGCCGGAGUCCGGUCGUGUUGGAGGCUGAGAUGUUCAGAGAAUUCCAGGACUGGUGUCUGCGAACUUAUGGAGACUCCGGUAAAACAAAGACCGUUACCCGGCGGAAAUAUAACAAAAUCAUGCAGACACUGUUGCAGAACGACGAGUCAGACGGGGUGUACGUCGACAACAGCCACAUCAACGCCAAAUUCAAAUUCUGGGUGAAGUCCAAAGGAUUUCAGGUCGGAACCAACGUUCUGGGAGAGCACAACAAGAAGGGGGCACCAGGGAAACCUGUUCUAUAUGUACCGGUCAAGUCAACGUGUGCAGACGGGAAUUCGGCCCAGGACAACUCUUCCCUGAAGCGUGUGGCCGUUGUUGAGGACUUCUUUGACAUCAUCUAUGCCAUGCAUGUGGAGAUGGGCGCUGACCCAGGCAGAGCCCCCAAACACGCGGGGCAGAAGAAGACCUACAAAGCGAUAGCAGAGACCUAUGCCUUCCUGCCCAGAGAGGCGGUGACUCGGUUCCUAAUGAGCUGUGGAGAGUGUCAGAAGAGGAUGCACAUUAACCCCAGCACUGCAGAGUUCAAAGAAAAUGACCGACCCACCUCCCUAGUGCCAGACCUGAUUGAUUACAACAUGCCUCUUACUGCCACCUACCUGAAGCAGAUGAAGCUGCAGUGCAUGACAGCAACUGAGAGGCGUGAUUAUCCUAUAAUAUCCCCUCAGGAUGACAGUUCGGUGAGCAGCGAGGACAUGAACAACGCUGAGCCCACAUGGGUCGCAGCUGAGCAGCCAUCAGUGCCUGAGUCCAGCCCCCCCAACGGAGAGAGGGUCAGCAACCAGACCACCAUCAUAAAAGAGGAGGAGGACGAUGACUCCUCAGAGAGCGGUAGCGCUAACGGGGUGCCAGUCCUGACCACCCCCGAGGUGCUCGCUGUGGGUGGGAACCCCCCAGAUGGUGGGGCCUCCUACGGGGAUGUGACAGAGAAUGGGCUGAGUGCUCCCCUGGACUUCAGCACCACCUCAUCCUCCUCCUCUUCAGAGGAUCAGCAGCCGGUCAAUCUGAGCGACAGACUGCUGCCGGUUGGGAGCUCGCCGCCAAACUCCUACCCCACAGACCCAAACAAGAAGUACCCCAUCAAAGCAGAGUUCACCAACAAGUCGCCUCCUUACAGCUCAGGGAGCUAUGACUCUGUGAAAACUGAACUGAGCAUGAGCGCAGAGGACUUGACCUCUGGUCGGACGCAGAUCAAUGACGAUGAUGAUGAUGAUCAUGAUGACCAUGAUGAUAGUGACAAGAUCAACGAUGCUGAGGGAAUGGACCCAGAGAGACUUAAAGCCUUCAAUAUGUUUGUGCGUCUGUUCGUGGAUGAGAAUCUGGACCGCAUGGUGCCCAUCUCCAAGCAGCCCAAGGAGAAGAUCCAGGCCAUCAUCGAGUCCUGCAGUCGCCAGUUCCCAGAGUUCCAGGAGCGCUCCCGCAAGCGCAUUCGCACCUACCUCAAAUCCUGCCGCCGCAUGAAAAAAGGCGGCUUUGAGAUCCGACCAACUCCUCCUCACCUCACCUCUGCCAUGGCUGAGAACAUACUCGCUGCCGCCUGCGAGAGCGAAACCAGAAAUGCUGCCAAGAGAAUGCGGCUCGAUGUCUACCAAGCGACGGAUGAGCCCAUGUCUGUUGACAAACCAAUCACAAGGGAUCUGGCCACUGUGGCACCAACAGCAUUCUCCAUUUCCAGUGCCGCUUUUGCCCAAGACCAACUGUUCACCAACGGAGGCCUCAACUACAAUCUGCGAGGAUACGGGACAGUCGGCAGCAACCAGUCGAGCUCCGGUGCUGCACAAACCAACGGUCCCACAGAUCUGAGCAUGAAGUCCAUCGGCCCAAACUCCUCCUCCUCCAACAGUCACGGUCAGGGGGGCAGUGGGGGUGGGGCCUCGGCCCAGCUCAGCCCUCCGGAGGUGACGGCGGUGAGGCAGCUCAUCGCAGGCUACAGAGAGUCCGCGGCCUUCCUGCUUCGCUCUGCAGAUGAGCUGGAAAAUCUGAUCCUGCAGCAGAACUGAGCCAAACUGUGCCCCCCCCCCCCCCCCCCCCCCCAGCCUGUCCAUCUCCGUCCCUCGGUGUCUCACACAUUCAACCAGACUUUCACACUCAAAGAUACUUCAGUGGGUCCUGUAGGUGUGCUGCCUUCACGUAUGCCCACUCGUUUCUGUAUUUGGACAGGCCCAAACAUAUCACAGGCUGAAAAGAUGUUGAUUUAUGCAUUUGGUUCACUUUGACCUUAGUGCCCUGUUCCGUGUAGCCAUUCGUUCUGCUCAUUAUGCCACUGGAACCUCCAUUCGUCUCAGGAAGCGAAGUGAAGAAAUGACGUGCGUUAGUACAAAGACUGAACCACAGUUAACACCAAAUCAGUGAAUUCAUGUACACCAUUAGCUCUUUUUACACUGACGUUUAUUCUGCUGCACAGUGGCCCAGUUCUGAUCGGGCCGUCCGAGUCACGUUAAUCCACAGAAGGAUCGCUGCUAAAUGACGCCACUGCCCCGGUAACCUCAACAGCUACUGUACCGACCUAAAUAUACACCAAAAAAACACAAAAACAUUUAGAGAAAUAAAGAAAAACACGAGUGCUUUUCAGUUGGGGAUUUGACCAAAAGAACAGAUCAACCCUUAAGUGGUCGAAAUGGAAAAAGUGCUCAUUUUGACAUUUUAGUUUGAGGCUUGCUGGCAAACGGGACUAGUUUGGGAUACAUUUAAUGAUUUCUUUGGGGGGUGAAUCCUUUUAUUACAGGCUGUUUGUUAUUAUUUAUAAGAAGUAUGGGUAUGCAAGCUGAGGUCAGGGAAUAAACAUGAUUAGUUUAGAGUCCUGGUUGAAAACCAGUGCUACUGAAAAACAGAUUAAAAACGGUGCAAUAUAGAAGUGGAGUAGUAGUGGUUAGUGAAACGAGAGCGUAGGACGUCACCACCAUCCUCUCCCGCUGUAACAGAAAGGUUGUAAAAAAGAAAAGAUAUCCCAUGCAGCAUUGUAGCCAAUUUCAAUGUUGUUUGUUGUUGUUGCUAACCUCAGAACCGAGGCACUUUCCCGUGUUGGGAUCGUCAUGAGUUGGAGCAGAAAAGAAACGGGACCUGGCAGAAAAAGGGCACUUGAUGUUGCACGUUUUCUUUGGUUUUAUGUUGUUUUAUAUACCUGGAGGUUUGCUGAGUGGAGAAAGGCACAAACAGAGAAGCUUAACUGUUACUGACAGACGAGUGAAGGCAGGGUGCUGGGUGCAGCGCGAGGGCACAAACGGGACGACAUCCGCUCCUUCUGGCUUUGUCCGUCCGUCUGUCUGUCCGUGUCAACCCUUUUGACCACGUCAGACACUGAAUCACACCUCCCACUUUCUUCAUCGUGUCUGAAAACACACUGUUUGAAAAGAAGCAAGAGACAAUCUCUGAAGAAGAUGUAAAUACAUCACAGUUUACUCUCCCAGCUUUCUGCUAUGGUGUGUGUGCACACAUCUAUGUGUGUGUGUGUGUGUGUGUGUGUGUGUGUGUGUGUGUGUGUGUGUGUGUGUGUGUGUGUGUGUGUGUGUGUGUGUGUGUGUGUGUGUGUGUGUGUGUGUGUGUGUGUGUGUGUGUGUGUGUGUGUGUGUGUGUGUGUGUGUGUGUGUGUGUGUGUGUGUGUGUGUGUGUGUGUGUGUAAUCUGAAGACACACAAAAGUUCUCAAAGCAGACCUGGAGCACAGUUUAACAACUUUUACUGAUGAGUCACUCAGCACAAAACAGUUGUGCAAGUUUGUGUGUGUGUGUGUGUGUGUGUGUGUGUGUGUGUGUGUGUGUGUGUGUGUGUGUGUGUGUGUGUUUGUGUGUGUGUGUGUGUGUGUGUGUGUUUCUAUUUGUCUGUUUUUGUAUAAUAUGUUGAUCUGUGUCUGUGUGUAAGUGGAGUGACCCAGUUUGUACAACAUCAGUCUGUGAAACAUUCCAAUGACAAUGACACUCCGAGCGGCCAAAAAGCGGCUUGCACCUUAUCGAUUUGUCAAAAGUUACAGAGAUAUUUUUUUGUCUGUCACCUAUCUCUUUGCAAAUUUUCAUUUAUCUGUAUUUCACUCGUGCAGGGACGUGCAGGACCUAAAAGACCAUCUAACAUUUUACUGCCUUGUUGUGAUUGGGCUGCCAAAACAUUCCCAUUUAAAUUCUAUCGUCUAAAGGUAGGAAGCACUUUAUAGCUCAGGAUUAAGGUAACGCGAGAUGUGAUUUCAGUGUCUUUACCUCAUUUGGAGCAUCAGCUUCACUUCACACACUGAUUAUAACAGACACACAAUGUAGAAAUAUUCUACUUGAAUCAAUGUUGUACAAAAGUCCAUCUGAGGGGUGUUUGUUAACAGAGACUCAGAGAGAAAAAGCUCAGCUGAUGAGAAACCAAACACAUCCUUCAUCUGCUGCUUUAAAGUCAGACAUAAAGGGUCUAAAUCCUGCCUCAGCGCUUUUCUUCUUGCCAUCAGUUCUCAAAAUAAUCAGACACCUUAUAUUAGAAAGUGUUGAAUCUAAAUUAGUCACUUUAUUUCACAUUUGUUUAAGAGAAAAACAAUUAAUUGUCCUUUUAGAAAUCUAAACUACAAGUUUUUGAACAAGAAGUGGGCAGGUUGAGAGUUUAGCGGCCUGAACAGGAUAAAAACUCCGAUCACUCUCGUUUAAAUGGAUCAUUCACUUCUUUUGAAGCAGGUCAUGAAAAGCAUUUGGAACAACCUCAGCCUGGAGAAAUAGAAAGGAGCUAAUGGUUGUUCAGACUGGGGCCAGUUCUCAAACUGGUCAAAGCCGAACGUGAUUAUUUAUAAAUAAUUUACCACAGAAUCAAACAGAGGGUCUGUAACACCAAAUUAAAUACGCGGUUAAAAUGGAGUGUCAAUACACCCUCACCACUACGAUGAUUUUAAGAUUAGUUGUUUUUAAUUCCACUCUGUAGCCGGUUCGACUCUGACUAGCAGUUAGCUCAUCAUCCUUGUGAUACCUAAUAGGUGUUUCUCCAAACUGAGGUUGUUCAAACAUGUUGACUGCUCCACAAAAACCCACAUCAAGAAAUGUGAGCGAUGGCCUUAAGGUGGAUGUAUGAUUAUUCUGUUUGAGCUACUCUACAGGUUUUAGCCAUCAUUGUUUUAAACAACGAUUCUGGUCUGGCAGCAACUCAGACACAUGAACCUUCUGAACGAAGCGUUUUCUCUGUCCUCUUGUUUUUGACAACACCCCUCUGGACUCUGACAGAUGUAACCGUAGAUGGGUCCUCACAUGUCUUCCGUGUCUCCUCUGACCUGCUUGUUUGUUGCUGUCACCAUAGCAGAUCCUCGUUCCUUACAUGUCAGACUCCGGAGCUCGUUCCUACGACCGAACGCCUGCUCCCAGACGGACUUUCUGUCUGGGCAGAGUGAGGAAGUUUUAACUGUGUGCUGACGUUCCUGUGAUCAGCAGAAAAACACCUGUUGUCCUGUUUUGUUUUGGUUCUUUUCUAAUGAUGCCCAAUGAAUUUACUCUUUGUAUUGACUGAACAAUGUAAUCUAUUGGUGUUGAUUAAAAUGCCCUGGUAGCUUGUGGAUUGCUAAAGUGGUCAGAUAAAUGUACUGUAUAUCUGUACAAAGAGUGAUACAAGAUGUUUUGAACCUUUCUUUUUCUGUGGGUACAGCACUGUUAAAAAAUCAAAGUGGUUUUUAGCCCUUGCCUGUUUUACCUUAUCAUUUUGUGAUGGUCUGUGUAACUUCUAUUGUUAUUUAUGAUUUAUUUGACUUGUUGCCUCUCCUGCGCUGUAAAGAGACUGUAGCUCUGUGCAGGGGUUCGUACUGUAAACCCGUGUGAAGCUUUGUAUUUCUCCCUCUGGUUUUGGACUCAGUGAAAGUGUGAUGUUUACAUGUACAGUUUUUCAAAGGAUGUUUUUCUUGUUUUGUUUUAUUUAGACAUUUUAUUCUCCCUCCCCUCAUUUAUUCCUCUAAUCUGUGUUCAUUUGGUUAAAUUUUUUUUUUGUUGCUUCAUUGCAUCAACUUCAGGCGUGACCUCCUCGACCUCCUGGUCACAUGGUCAGUGUGCGCCGUGACAGCUGGCUGAGGUCGGCUCAGCGUUGUGGUGGCUUCCAGCAUUUAAAGAGGUGGUAUUUUAAAAUAAGAGGAAAAAGUAAGGGAGUGUCACAACUUCUCAAAGUGGACCAGCAAAGAUUUAUCAAGGAUUAAGAUGAUUUUCUCUAAUGGUUUUUAAAAAUGGCCUAAACAUUUAUGAAACUACAGUAAGUGCUCAUAAUCUCUUAGUGUCCUGGCACAAUGUCAGGGAAAACUCCUCGUCCUUAAUCCGACUGGUGCCCUGAAAGGUACACUUUGACCUGUUGUGACAUCUCCUCGGUAUCAUAAAAGCCAUUCCCCUCUUCUGGCCUUUUAGGGGGAACCCAUAAACCUCAGGAAAUACUGAAUCUCCAAGUUUAGUUUUAUCCGCUAAUUUCUUCUGAAACGAGAUUCAAAUCUCUUAAAAAAAACAUUAACAUUUAUAUGAGAUGUCUAUUGUUUUGUACAUUUAUCAUUGUGAUUUAAAAGUGGAGCUUUUCCAGUACAUGUGACUUAAUAUUUUAAUUUUUUCAGUGUUUAUUGGUAUUGAUAUUUAUUAAUAUAUGUGAAACUGCAAAAAAAGUAAAAAAAAAAAAACACAAAGCAAAAGGUUGAACCUUUUACAUUGGUAUGUUUCAUGCAAAACUGUCCAGGUGAGAUUCUCUCUGCCUAUUACAUAUCACUAACGAGGGACCUGUGUUUGUUUGGAAAUAGCGCUUUUUCAGUGUUGCAUCAACGCUAUGAAAAACAACAAAAACACACAAAAAUAAAGAAAAACAAAACAAAAAAAUUAAAUACAAAUAGAGAGAAAACACUGGUUUACCAACAGCAGAAUUGUAUGGCUCUCCGCUUCUCCUGAGAUGUCAGUAAUUGAAUAAAACAGUGCGAUGAGCUAUCAAACUGA